AUCCGCCCUGGGUUCGACAACGGUAAGCGGUUACUGCACGCGGCAGUCUUGGUCGGCCGGUCUCCCUCCGUUCACACGACGCGUACCUCACAGUCAACGCGGCCGCGCAGGCAAACGCGGGUUUAGUGUGUGUUUAUUACAUUUCAUUUCCGUCAAAAGUCGAUCGUUUUCGUGGUUCAAGAGGAACUGCUUGUUUAAAAAAAAAAAAAAAAAUUGCUUUUGAUCAUUUUAUCGGUUUUUUUUUUUUUUUAAAUACAGUUUUUAAUUUAAAGAUAUAAUCCAAAGCAUCAUGAUUUUACGCACGUGUGCGGUGUUGGUGUUCAUCGCCGUGGACUUGUCGCUAUACGGUGGAGUUGGCGCCCAACCGACAAGCAGAAGCAUUUGCGAGACUUGCGCCUGCUCUCCUCCGAAUGCCACCCCGGUCAUGGUGAACUGCACUUGCGUCAAAACCAAAUUUCUGAUUAUUCGGGAACAGGAUACGAUGCUAUUAUCGGGCGUCAGGGAUUUAACGUUGGCCGGAUGUGGACUCGUGUCGUUGCCAUCGUCCGGACUUUCGGGUUCGCCACUGCUCAGUCGGGUCACAGUGCGGGACAUGAAAUUGUUCCAUUACACUGCCGGCCUGUUCCCGGCCUUGGAAAGCCUCACGGUCGAGGAUGUCGGCGGAUUGGUCCUCGACGGUUUUGGACCGGCUAACCGCACCUUAAAGCAACUGGUUCUCCGCCGGACUUCCGUUCAAAGAUUGGUCCGAGGCACUAUACCUGCUUCAGCGCCGCUCCAGAAGGUCAUGCUCGACAGAGUGGACGUGGAUGAGAUCGAAGCCGGUGCACUGGACAUGACUUUCGUCCGAGGCGAAUCGGACGGAUUUUCUAUUGUCAACUCUGCGAUCAAAACUAUUGGCGCUGGAGGAGUACUGGUUCGUUCGGGCUCGGUGAAGAUUAUCAACAGUACCAUGGACGAGCUUUACGCCGGUUCGGUGAUUGUCGAAGACGCCAAAGAUAUCCGCCUUUCGGGCAAUCGACUGGGAAACGUGUCGCUGGUCGGCGACAGCCUGUCCGUAGUCCGUUCUCCGCCCGCCGGCGCCGGCGCGAGCACAAUAAUGGUGGACAGCAAUGAGUUCAUGACUCUACCGGCUGACCUGCAACUGUUCAAAACGGACCGGUCCGUGUCGUUCAUAAACAACGUAGUGCGCGACGUCGACCUGGGCCCGUUCCUGUUCGGCGUCGGCCCCAACGUCCGGGUGUCGAACAAUCAGUUCGAGUGCGACUGCGAUUCCCGACGGAUCAGCGUGCUCAAGCUCAACCAGGUGUUCCCCGGUCUGUUGCCCGAGGCCGACGACAGCCGUUUCGCCGGGUUACUGGUCGACAAUUAUUGUAAGCGGCCCAACGACAUGAGUCUGGCCGGUUACCGGGACGAACUGGUCGCCGGCAAGGCUUGUCCCGGCACUACCCUUCCUACGGCACCGCCGACACCGUCGACGACGUCCGCCGUAGACACCAACGACGCGUCCAAUGGUUUACUACCAUCGACGUGGACAACGUUGGCCAUCACAGGGUUCUGCGUAGUCACCGUAGCGCUGUCCACCAUCAGUUGAAAUCCUUCGCUGUCCAUCUAAACACCGGUACAAAACGGCUCUUUGUCUGCACCAACAGAUCUAGGUUGUCAACAAAUCGACCUCAUUCGUCCAACAUUCAAUUUAUAUUAUUUAUGAGUACAGCAUUUUAUUUUAUACUGUACUUUAAACUUUACAGAGUAAAAAAUUUGAUAACAACCUUUCAGGACAGCCGUUAAACAUCUCAUACAACAUAAUAUUCACCGUAAAUUCCAUAAACGGAUACAAAAUAAAGAUUUAAUUUAAAACAAUCAACAUGAAAUGGCAAACAAAUUUUUGCUUAUCACUACUAUUUAUUAUUUUUGCGUUUCAGUUUCUUUAAAAAAUUCCAAAAAAUAUGCUGUAGCUUAUGACGGAGUUGUGAGCUACUGUAGUUAUAUUUUAAGAAAAUACAAGUUCCAGCCACCUUUUAUUACAAUUUAACCGUCAAAAUUUAAGUUUUGCUCUUAUCAUGGUAUAGCUCUCGAGUACAGAAUUGAUUGCAUUGUCUCUCCGGGUAACUUGUGUGCUUUGUUAUCACACUUAGCUGAACCGGAGAAAUAAUACUUAUAUACUCGAUUUUUUUUUUUUUUUGUAUAUAAAUAUUAAUAAUAUAAUAUUAAUUAUUAUUUUAAGUAAUAAAUACUUUUGUGUAUAUUUUUAUUAUUUUUAUAAUAUGUGCUUUCAUUUGCUUUUUAAACACCUGUGUGUAACUUAUGUUGCCUAUACGUCGGCGAAUGUAAACAGGCAAAGCUGUAAUGUAGUCUACUCCGGCAAGUAACUUAUUCCUAAUCUUUUGUAUUCAAAAACCGUUUAUUUUAAGACAUAUUAUUUAUAAAAUUAGCUAUGUGACGUCGAUAUUGUUUUUUUCUACCAGUCAAAUAAAAAUACAUCUUUUUUAUGUUGUA